UGUACUAAAAAUGUCCCUCGAAGUUCUGUUCUUAACUAGCUGUUUACCUAAAUUCUGUCUUCCACCCCUGAAAACGUCCGUUAUCCAGCUUCUCUGCAUUCUGUUAAUACCAGGACUCUCUAGCCUUACUAGGUGCCUUUUACCAGUAACUUUUUCAGAUGCCUUUCUAAAGUUCACGAAGAUGACAUCUCCCAGGCUUUGAGCGUUGGCUGAGCAUGUUGUGUGUCAGAUAAAUGAUUUAUCAUUAAUCAGUGUUGUUUCUCGGCUGGAUGUUUACUGCUCACAACACAAUGAAUAACAGCACCACGGAUAAUUCCAUGCGGCAGCUGGACUACUUAGACUAAAGGGAUGGCAAUCCUCGAAGAAAUCUGUAAGCACGGCAAUGAAUAUAGUACUGGUCGUGACAUCAUUUCAGUACCUUUGAAACAGACUGACACAGUGACAUGCACGUACAGAGACGGCAAUGUUUUUGCUAUGGUCUCAGACAGUCAAGGAAACACUUGUCGAUGAAGUUAAUCAGGAUCACUAGAACUUCCGGAAUUAGAGGUUUGAAAGCAGCUUCGGGAUUACCAUUGUAGUGCACAUUGUACCUUUGAACUUUUGUUUAAACUGACUCACCCACGGUUAUCCACGUUUUACCUUUUUGGGUUGUGAGUCUUCCGUACGUUCAUUGGUUCGCUCUCUUGUUGUGCUCUCUUUCUGCACACUCUCCGAGCCUACCUCCAGUAACGUCUGCAGCUAAGUUGUAUAGUCACUUUAUUUAUUAAAUCUGUUAUUUAUUUACGUUAAAUACAACUCAUACUAAGAAUUCUUUCCAUUGUUAGCUUUUAAACUUUGAUUGAGUUAAUCAGUACUUACACGUUAGGUAGAGUACUCGUAAAGUCAUAAGACGGUGAAGUUGUUAGUAAGUGUGGUGAUAUCGAAGACUAUCUUAAGUCUAACCUCAACACUUACAAGUGGUGAGCCCGUUUUCACCGUUUUCUGCCAUAGUAGCUUAACGUGUUAACAAUUCUUUUUACGUACCGUCUAUUUUGUUAUUUUUUUUCUUUCACGCACGGUUAUAAAGAUUUGUUUUGUUUGUGCUUACAUUUGUUUUUUUUAUCACCUUGUUAAUAUUUUGUCUUGUGUGCAAGAUGGCUGAUGGGGGGUCAUCAAGCUUUGACGCGGUGGCCCAUAUUGCCAAGCUAUACGAGGAGAUCUGUAGUAUAUGACAGGAGAUGAACUCCAGGAGUCGUGGACGCAGUCCUUCGAGUUCGCGUAGUAGUAGACCCUUGCCACGUGCUAGCAGCAAGCCCCGACAGUCCCGAAGUAACCAGCCUGGAGUGUGCUGGUAUCAUCGACGUUACGGAGCAAAAGCCCAAAAGUGCACUCGCCCGUGCACCUUCGAUGUUCAACAAUCGGGAAACUAGCAAGCCAGCACGUACUGGCGACUAACGUCGCUGGCGAACCGCUCUCAUGUCGCCUCUUCUAUGUUACCGACCGUAACACUGGGAUACGCUUCCUAAUUGAUACCGGAGCGGAGGUCAGUGUAAUCCCACCCACAGUAGAGGAGCGCAGGCGGCCAAUGUCUCUUCAACUACGAGCCGCAAACGGUUCGCCAAUUGCUACGUUCGGCAGGCGCUUUAUAGAUCUUAACAUCGGUUUGCGUCGUUCACUUCGUUGGGUCUUCCUGGUGGCAGACGUUACCACAGGUAUAAUUGGCAUGGAUCUAUUGCGGCACUACCAAUUACUGGUAGAUACAGGUAAUCAUAAGUUAAGAGAUCCUGUCACAAACCUCUCCGUCAGCGGUAUCGUCACACAAGGCCCAGCCCUCAGCCCUGUAUAUGCCACACCCACUAGCACUGGUCCUUAUUCGCAUAUACUGCAGUCUUUUUCAGAUUUGUUCAAACCUAGCAGCGGCCUGCCAUGUGCGACUUCCAACGUCAAACACCAUAUUGUCACUACUGGCCCGCCAGUUUUCGCAAAGCCGAGGCGACUAUCCCCAGAAAAACUAAAGGUUGUCAAAGCGGAGUUUGAGCAUAUGCUAGAAAUGGGGAUUAUUAGGCCAUCCAGCAGCCUGUGGUCCUCACCGUUGCACCUGGUACCUAAGAAUAACGGUUUAGAUUGGCGUCCUUGUGGCGACUACCGCAGACUAAACGCACAAACUGUUCCCGAUCGCUACCCUGUCCCUCACAUACACGAUUUAACCGCCUCACUCAAGGGAGCUCGAGUAUUCAGCAAACUGGACCUUACACGGGCUUACUACCAGAUUCCCGUCGACCCUGAGGAUAUACCUAAGACUUCUGUGAUUACACCGUUUGGCCUGUUCGAGUUUCUUCGAAUGCCUUUUGGCUUACGGAACGCUGCCCAAAACUUCCAGCGUUUUAUACAUGACGUUUUGCGCGGGCUUGAUUUCGCCUUUGCCUAUCUGGACAAUAUCUUGGUAGCUAGUCCAGACGAAGCCACUCAUCAACUUCAUUUGCAGACAGUUUUCCGAAGACUUGUGACACACUCCCUCACACUCAACUUGCCGAAGUGUCAGAUUGGAGUCACUUCCUUGAAUUUUUUGGGACAUAGGAUAGACAAAGAUGGAAUUUAUCCGUUACCUGACCGGGUAGAAGCUAUUCAAAACUUCCCUCUACCCACUUCUCCCAAGGCACUACGCACUUUUCUCGGGAUGGUUAGUUACUACCGUCGCUUUAUCCCACAGUGUGCUCAUAUCGUGACCCCCUUGACUGAUAUGCUUAAAGGGAAAUGCAAGUCUUUGGUGUUCACUAAGGAAGCCCCGACAGCUUUUGCAGCUAUCAAGAAAGCUAUUGCUGACGCCACAAUGUUGGUCCAUCUAGAUGUUCAACUUCCAAUCAGCAUUUCCGUAGAUGCCUCUAAUACUGCGAUCGGAGCCGUCCUACAACAGCGUAUGGCUAAUGUAUGGCUACCGAUUGCUUUCUUUUCACGUAAACUUACCCCAUGCAAAUCUCGAUACAGCACAUUCGGCAGGGAACUUCUCGCUGUCUAUGCUGCUGUCAAGCAUUUUCGUCACUUCGUGGAAGGCCGGCAAUUUACGGUAUUUACCGACCAUAAGCCAUUGACGUACGCCCUCCACACUACUUCAGACCGGUAUUCACCGCGAGAAUCACGCCAUCUAGACUAUAUUUCCCAGUUCACUUCUGAUAUCCAGCACGUUUCUGGAUCGGAUAACGCGGUAGCAGACGCUGUGUCUCGCGUAUGUGCUACGUCCGUACCACCAACCAUCGAUCUUUAUAAAAUGGCCGAACUCCAACUGAACAAUUUGAACUUAGAACACCUGUCAAAUAAAACCUCACUGAAGAUAGAACGCGUCCCCUUGCUAAACAGUCAGGCAACUAUACUUUGCGAUAUGUCAACUGGUACUCCUCGACCGAUUGUUCUCACGUCUUUACGCCGAACUGUGUUUGAGUCACUCCACAACCUCUCCCAUCCUGGCAUACGAGCAACGGACAAGUUGAUUUCUGCGAGAUUUGCGUGGCCCGGUAUGAACCGUGAUGUGCGUCAAUGGACACGUGCUUGUGUGCAAUGCCAACGUGCUAAAGUCACCAAGCAUAACAUCACGCCGUUGGGGACGUUUGCGACCCCAGACGCUCGGUUCCAUCAUAUCCACCUGGAUAUAGUAGGGCCUCUGCCCCCGUCUAACGGCUGCUCGUAUUUACUCACAUGUGUGGAUCGUUUCACACGUUGGCCGGAAGCCAUUCCGAUACCAGAUGUAACGGCUCAAACCGUCUAUCGUGCCUUCAUGGAAGGCUGGGUUGCCCAUUUUGGAUGUCCCGCAACUGUCACUACCGACCGCGGACAACAAUUCGAAUCCGCAAGCUUCAAAGAAUUGUUAGAGAUGCUGGGAUGCAAACGCAUUCGCACAACCGCGUAUCAUCCCGCGGCAAAUGGCCUAGUAGAACGUUUCCACCGUCAACUCAAAGCUGUGUUGAUGGCAGUGGACAACAGUAAGUGGACAGAUUCGCUACCACUGGUCCUGCUUAGCAUCCGGGCUACGCUUAAGGGGGAUCUGCAGUGCUCGCCAGCUGAAUUGGUGUACGGUACCACCAUGCGUUUACCAGGCGAGCUAAUCGCUCCCGAAACUUUCGAGCCAAAUUUCCCCGAUACCACCCGUUACGCUCAGCAACUUAAAAGUUUUAUGCAGCGACUCCGACCAGUUUCCACACGCACUCAGAACCGAAAGGUUCAGGUUGAUCGGCGACUUGAUGACUGUACACACGUUUUCGUGCGUCACGACGCCAUACGAAAGCCAUUACAACCACCGUAUGACGGGCCUUUUAAGGUCCUUAGUCGUGAAGAUAAAUUUUUCGUUAUUGACCGAUGCGGCCGCCCAGACACCGUCAGCAUAGACAGACCUAAAGCGGCAUACACUGAAGAACCUUCACCCUCCCCAUCGGCUCAAUCAAAUAGCCCCACUGAACCUAGUCCUUGUCCAGACUCAACUACCUCACCUCCGGUGGUGAAUGAUGAUUCUCCUACCGUCACCAGUAAGACCCCUGUCACACGUGCUGGUCGACGUGUUCACUGGCCCAAGAGGUUCGUAGAAUUCUUUCACUGAACUAAUCCAUAGGUAAUGCUACUAGUGAUUUUUUAUUCCUUGUCAAAAUUUCUAAUUCAUUUCUGCUAUAUUUAAUCUAUUUGGUCCCGCUUCUGGGAGUAGUCGUUUUAACCCUCACUAAUCCUUUUAAUCUUUAUCUCUCGUUACAGAGGACCAGCAGCAGUUUGUUUUUACCCCUAAUUUUUCAUCUAUUUCAUCUCAAUCUACUCGCUAGAUCAGUUGGCUUCUCAUGUCAUCUUGUAACCCACACCAAAAGAGGAAUUAUGAACAGUAUAUUACCUUUCACUGCCCAUUUUCUUCCAAAAAAAAAAAAAAUUAAUUAUUAUUCAAAAAAAUUUUUAUAAAAUAAAAAGAAAAUAUUAAAAAAAAGGAAAUACAAAAAAGUAAAAAAAUGUAAAAUAAUAAUAAAUAAACAAAAAUUUUUUAAAUAAAAAAAAGAUUAUUUAAAAAAAAGAAACAAAAAAACUUCCACUGUAUAGUUAAAUGGACAGAUACACAUAUUUUUUUGCGCAUAAAUGCUUCACUUCUAUGCUGUACAUAGUAAUCCGCUCAAUUUAUUUUCACAGCCUGUACUAUAUUCCUUCGGGUUUAUGCCCUCCUGAAAUUCAUUUAUUUUGUGAACCGUACUUAUAAACAUUAUGCAUCAUCUUUGUUAUGCACUUAGCAACAUGAACAAAGUAAUUUUGGUAAUGAUAACUACUCAUAGCUAUUGGUUAUGUACUAACUUCUCUGUAAUUUUAUAAGUUCUCACAGGGUAGAAACUUCCUUUGUUUUAUCUCAUUCUAACGUACUACUUCCAAGUUGCACCACUUUUCCUCGCAUUGAUUUCGCACAAGCUUUUGUAGUACCUUUACACCGAUUUUGAAAUCUUAACCUUCUUUCCCAUUUUCUUCUGUUGUUUUUUUUACCCUGCUCCUUAUCAUACGCUGGUAUAAUGAUUGCCUUUAACAUGACUGCUAGGUUCUGUUGAAGCGGAGGAAGGGAGCAUUGGUCUAAUAUGAAAGUUAGACAUAAUGAGUCACCUUCUUGCUACGGCAGCCUCGGCGCCAGAGGUUUACCAUCAAACCUCCACAUAAGUAAGCUUGUAAUAAUGCGGAAUUAAAACAAAAUGAAUCGAUAAAUGCCAAUACAAUAAAAAAAUACCAAAAAAAGGAUUAAUAAAAAUAUGAAAGACAAAAAAAACAACACCAGACCGCAGAAGCUUACAACCACACAAGGCACCAGUGUCAUUUCUUAUCAUAUUCCGUCUUACUGCACUAAUCAUGUACAUACCACUUCCAACUUACUUUAAUUUUUUUGCCUUUUCUUUUGCUUUCUUUCCUUUCGACAAAAUUUCUUUUCCUUACUAUUCCUAUUUUCAAACCUUCGCAUUCACUCAUUGCUAUUGUGCCAAGCCAUCCUACUUUUGUAUAUCGAAGCUUGCUGGUUUCCCACCAACCUUCUAGGGGGGGGAUAACCU